UCCGACGGCGGGGGUGCACAGCGUUCCCCCUCUACCUAUCAAGGAGUUGCCCGAACUGUUAUGUGAACAACAAGAAAUAGUUUAAAAUCUAGGGACUUAUGAUUCUGAAAUGCAUUGUGACGUCUUCCUUUCAAGUUAUUCAUGGACAAUCAAACAGCUGAUUCGUUCCAUAGUAGAGCACAUGUUGUGCAGCAGUAUGCUCUGAUAUUACAGUUUUUUUCUCGCAAAGUAAUGAAGUUCUAAUGAAAAAUUACAUACUCGUGUUUCAAGAGAAAAAUAUACUACAAGAUUUCAUUUGAGUGUGCGAUGAAAAAGAAGGAAUAGCGAAUUUUUUUAAAAAGAAAUUUUCGUCUAAGAAAAAUGGCUGACCGUGAUAGCGCAUCCGAAAGCGACUCCAGCUCGAUCGACGGAGGACCAAUAAUGAUGCCACCGUCUCCUGUAACUAGAGAACAACUUCAAAAAAGAAUCGAGUCAUUACAACAGCACAAUCGUGUUCUUAAAGUCGAGUUGGAAACAUAUAAAUUAAGAGUAAAAGCGUUGCAAGAAGAAAAUCGUGGUCUUCGUCAAGCCUCUGUCAUUAUACAAGCAAAAGCAGAACAGGAAGAAGAAUUUAUAAGUAACACAUUAUUAAAGAAAAUACAGGCAUUGAAGAAAGAAAAAGAAACAUUAGCACAUCAUUAUGAGCAAGAAGAAGAGUGUUUAACUAAUGAUUUAUCAAGAAAAUUGAAUCAAUUGCGCCAAGAAAAAUGUCGCUUGGAGCAAACUUUAGAACAAGAACAAGAAUGUCUUGUUAACAAAUUAAUGAGAAAAAUAGAAAAACUUGAAGCUGAAACACUUGCAAAACAAAGUAAUUUAGAACAAUUACGUAGAGAAAAGGUUGAACUUGAGAAUACUCUUGAACAAGAACAAGAGGCAUUAGUAAAUAAAUUAUGGAAAAGAAUGGACAAGCUAGAAGCAGAAAAAAGAAUGCUCCAGAUAAAAUUGGAUCAACCUGUAUCAGAUCCCACUUCUCCAAGAGAAAUUAAUAACGGUGAUACUGCUACUAGUUUAAGUACACAUAUUCAAACCUUAAGAAGCGAAGUGGCUAGACUGAGACAUACAUUACUUAUUUCGCAACAAGAACAUACAGAAAAAAUGCAACGAUAUGUGAAUGAAGAAAAACAAAUCCGUGAAGAAAAUUUGAGACUUCAAAGAAAAUUGCAGUUAGAAGUAGAACGUCGAGAAGCUUUAUGCAGACACCUUUCAGAAUCAGAGUCAAGUUUGGAAAUGGAAGAAGAACGGCACUAUAAUGAAAUUGUGAUGUCUGGUGGAAAUAUAAGAAAUCGUACUGUUUCCAGCCCUGUGCCGUACAAUCCUUCACCUAGUUCCUCUAGACCGUUAAGUCCAGGCUCUUCAACUAGAGAAGGAUUUAACACAAAUCGAUGUUAUGCUUGUGGUCAACCUACUGCAAUUCCAUUUGCAAGUUCAUCACCUCCUUCCACGCAGGGACAUGUGGUAACACCAUCCAAUAGACGCACAUCAGACAGAUUUGUCAAACCUGCAAUUCCACCAACUAUUGUAAGUCCAGGUGGUCCACCAAUCGCUAAUACGACUACAAAUACAGCUGGCGGAUCACCAAUGGAUAUUGCUAAAACAUAAGUCAGUUGAACAUCUCUGAUAACAAAUAUUUCAUCAUGUAUUCAUACACAAUACUUUUUUUUGUUGCAUUUGUACUAUGUGAUUGUAUAACAUACACGAGAGUUAUUUUAGAAUGAGGAAUAUUUCACUUUUCAAUAUUUUAAUUGCUUUAUAUUCGUAUUACAGUGCAUAUGCGUUAAUUAAAAAACUUUUUUCUACUUCACAUCAAAUCGCUUAAAUAUUUCUCAUAUUAACAUAAUGCAAAACAGUAUUUACAAAAAACAACAUUAAAUAAUUACCUAUAAAUUUCUGAUCUGCUUCAAAAUAGUCUAACACAGUAAAAAUUGUGGGAAGGGAGAGAUUUCAUUAGUCUCGCUCUUCUAAUUUCCAUUGUAUUUCAUAUAAUCUAUUGUACUUUCUGGUGUUUAAUAUAGUGAGAACAGCAGUUAUAUGUUUUAAUUUAAUUACUUAGAUGGUAAGACAAGAUAUAUCUAUAAUAGUUACUAUGUAGUUUAUUUAAAUUUGAACAAUUUUUCAUUUUCAUGUUAUUCUUUGUAUCCAUGACUACAUGACAUAGUAUAUGAAGAAUAAUAGUACAGUUUUCUAUGUUGAAUUAUUAUAAUUUUAUAAAAGUAACAUUUUUCAUGAAAGU